GUUUUGGUGUUUGUGAGCCCGUCUCCCUGCAGAGCCAGGGAGGCUUCAGCAGCUCAGCUCUAAAGCGAGGAGUUGAGUUGUCACGAUCAGCUCUGAAGCCUGUUCCAGCUGUGAACUCUGCAGCUAACGACCUUAGUCAUAAAGACAGAACUGUGUUGUGCUCACCAGACAGAGGAAAUGUAAAAGAUGCAGGAAUCGGACAGUCAGUUUUAUGUGCUGAACGUUUUGAAAAGAAAGUAUCUUCUCCAAAGAAGGUCAGAAGAAACAAGAUGCCAGACCAAACACCAAGCACAAAUCCUGUGGUAGAUACCUUUCGGAGAGGAAUUAAGAGGAAAAAGGAUAUUGUCAACAUUUUGGAGAAUGGCAGAGCGUGCAAGGUACUGGGUUCAUUGUACCCAAAAGCUGUGAUUCAAAAAUUUAUUGCCACAGGGUCUCGCAGCUGUUUCUUGGCCAAAAAGGAUAAAACCAUCAAGUCAAAACAGGGAAGAAAUGAGAGGUGUCUGGGUGUAACAAGAGCACCAUUGUCUUGUGGAAGUAGUUGGGAACAGAAAACUGACUGUAUGGAUCUAAAAGACACUAGUUCAGAUUCUGACAAAUGGGUUUCAUCAUCAGAAGCUGGUGCUCGAAACGCCUGUGCUAGAAAUAACGGCACUGUGAACAACACAUCGCUGUGCCAAAACCCAGGGAAACUGCCCUGCCCUCCAGCUGAUUCUGAAUUUAGGUUUUCCCUGGAAGCUCUGCACAGAGAAAGGAAGCAGAAACAUAGAAUGAAACAAUUUAAGCCACAUCCUGUAAAGCCAUUCUCAGGAACAAGUGUAUCACAUCAGGGAAAUGGAUGUCCUUUAAGAAAAACACAACAUUCUGGUUCAAGGGAGGCUGCCUCAGAUGACCCAACUCAACAAAAGCCAAAGCAGGUUUCAAACCAUGAGGCAUCUUCUCCAAAUGCACUGAGAAUGUCAUCUGAGACGGCUGCUGGAAUGCAGAGGAGCCAGCCUGUUCCUUCACGCUGCCUUAGAUCUAAGAUGUCUUCUGGGCGAUCCAAACAACUAGGCUUUCCUGGGAAAAGGAGACACAGUGCCAUGAGUGUAGAUGCAGACAGUUCAAAUCAAUCUGAAGUAUCAAGUUUGAAUGACCCUGCUUUUAGCAGGUCAUCUGCAAAGUGCAAAAAUAGGAAGUCUGACUUUGUAAAACAUAUCCUUUUAAAGUCCGCUUGUGAUGAUGUUCUGCAACUAAUGGAGGAUGCUGCUUUACCUAGACAUGAUUCUACUCUUCCAGAGGAAUACCUCAACUCAAGUGAUGAAAAUGAUAAAAAUAAUUGCUCCUCUGUAGGUUUGUCAUCUUCUUAUUCUGCGCACAGUCCUGGUAAAAAUAACCACAUUUCUGUUGUGGAUACCAAAGAAAAUCAAUUGCAGGUGGCUAACUCAUGCUUUUUCUUGGAAAAGUCCCUUCCUUUUUCUCAGGAAAAAAGUACUGUGAUGCCUUCUUUCCACUGCUUAACACCAACAAAAGGUGUGAAAUCUCAGCUCCAGAAUGCUGCCUUAUCUCAGGGAUUGGAUGCUAAGAAGGAGUCUGAUGGGAAAAGACCAGAAAGACAUGCAUACAAUAAAGCUUACAGUACUCAAUCCAGCAACAGAUCUUUAAAAACAAAAGACAAGACUUCAGAAAAUGCUUCUGAUUCUUGUUCAGUGGAAGGUUCUGGGAAACUUGUACUCUCAGAAGAGACUGGUAAAAAUGUUUUUGAUUUGUUGUCUUCUGAAGAAGGGUGUAUGGAUAGCGGCCAUAUGUCUCCACAACUCUCAGGAGAGUUAGAAGUUGAAAGCACCUGUACAGGCAAGUUGAAUGGAAAAUCAAAAAGCAGCUUUGAUAGUGAAGAUGAGAGUUUGGAAUGCAGACUAGAUGAUGAUGAUGAUGAAGAAGAAAUAUUUGUGCCACUGCAAGAAAUUAUGUCUUCAAGUCCCAAGCCACAGGCAGGAAGCCUAGAAGAAUCUUGUCUUGACAGUUCUUCUCAGGACACCAUGACUCCGUUACUGAAGCUUCAUCUUUCUAAGCCUCCUGUUGUUACCCAGGUGUCAUAUGUGAACAGCUUAGAACAUCUCUUGAAGGAGAAAGAAGAAUCUAAAAGGGUAGAUGAACUAGAAAAGAAGUUACAGGAAUACAUACAAGGAGGGGAACUUGAUUCUUCAAGUGGAGAAGAUGAUGAAAAUGCCAGUGGCGAUGAAGAUCUCUCAGAAGAGCACAGGGCAUUUAUAAGGAGAUUUUCCGUAAUAGCUGAUGCCAUACCUGACAACCACCCUGGAGAAAAUAUAUUUGAUUUAUCAACCUCUGGGAAAAUCUUCAAUCAACAUAAUCUUGACUUGAGGAAUUUUCAUUUUAUCCCUCAAAAUCCUAUAGAAAAGCUCCUUCUUAGUUCUGGUGUAACACAGCAGUUUUCUUUAGCUAUUAAUGGUUUUCUGAGUUCUGCUUACAGUUGUAUCUUGUGUCCUGUACCAAUUCUGAAGUGGCUUUUCCAGAUGAUGUCUGUUCAUCCUGACUAUUGUAUUUCCACACAGAUUUUAGACAGGUUGAUGGAGAUAACACUAAAAAAUGCUUCCAUCAGUGAUGAACAGUCUAAACCAUGGAUUCCUUCACUAGCUGAUGUGUCAGCUGUUUUUGUCAAUAUGGGUGUUGCGUUUAGAUCUCUCUUUCCAUUGCAGCGUCUUCAGCCCAACUUUAACGAGUGUGAUAUUUUAAGUCAGAUGCCAGAAACAAUGAGUAAACAACAGCCAAGAGGAGACCUAACCUCUGCCAGUCCCGCCUUCUCCUGUCUACCAGAAAACAAUUUAAUUAAUGUGAUCAAGUUUCUAGGUUUCUGUAAAACAGUAAUUCAAGGUGGAUAUACUGAUCAAGAAAUACUGCUGCUGCUUCUGUUGCUGUUCAAAAUAAGCUUGGAGAAACAGUUAAAGCAAAUUCCUUUGAUAGAUUUUCAGUGCCUUUUCGUAAAGCUGCUGAUAAGUAUAAAAGAUUGGGAUACAAAGAUGCCUGAGCUCUGCUUGGCAGUGAGUGAACUCUCCAGUCAUCACCAUAAUCUCCUGUGGCUAGUUCAGCUGGUCCCUAGCUGGAUAAUACGAGGACGGUAA